AUGAACGACUCAGGCUCAUGCUUGGGUAAUGUGUCGCCGGUUUCCUGCACCCGCUCGACGUCUGCCGCCCACCACGCUUGCAACCACACCAAUCCCCGGAUUAUCUGCCGCGAGCGAACCUGGGCCAUCUGGAGUACAGCUUAUCCAUUUGCCGUGGAGAUCGAGUCAUGGACGCAAGGACGCGACAUGUCAAUAGCUGUCCUUGCCGUGCAGACUGCACACGCAUCUGCCCCGUCAAAAUUACUCGAGCUUCUCUGUUCGAAACACGGGGCUAUCACGACUGGCCAGGACGUCGUCGUUGCUACGACACGCAUCCACGACAAGAUUACAGUCCCUAGCCUAAUCCCUAUCCUAUCCUAUCCUGGCACCCCAGACACUGGUUCGUUUCUGCAACGGGCUCGACUGAGUGGGCUUUGUAGUGAAACAUUGUUCCAUCAUCGGCGGGUGGGAGGAAACAACCAUAAUGGCAUCAUGUUGGCCACAAAUUGGAUUGUCCCGUCGCCUACACUGGCACACUGGUCCCAUUCGGAGCCGCGUGGCUGUCGACUCCGGACUGGACUGCUGGUGUCCUGUGCCCUUGUGGAGGUGGAGGGUCAGAUCAAUGCUAAAAUCUCGGUCAUGAGCGAGUCAACGUCGCCGUUUUUUUGCUCUCCCGCGGGCAGCACAGCCCCUCAGCCCCUCCCCGAUCAGCGGGUCUUCUGCAUUGGUAGCAGCACAUUUCAGCUGCUCAAGGGGCGCAACGUACUCGCCCACGGGCCCCCCUUAUUCGGUCUCUCGUUCAGUAACUCACAUGCUCCUUCUGUCGGCUUUGCCGGGGACCUCGCAUUCCUCACGUUGCAUUGGGUAUUUCCAACGCCUUCGUCAACUCAACCUCUCCCUCCUUCACCAGCCUCCCGGUUCCUGCGCCACACGCGGAUCUCCCAGGGUGGGGGAGCACUCGCUGCACCGUUUCUCCUCAGACCGGCAGUCCCUGUUCUUUUUUUUGGAUACACGCACUUUCGGAACCUCGAGAUCUGGGGAAAUCCCAUGGAGGACGAUCGUCAAUUUUCAGGGUUGCCAAAUUUUCACCUCACCCCACGAGACAGCUACACAAUCGAAUUGAUCUCGCUACAUCAGCUGCUGGUGGCGACUAUUGGCACAAUCCCCGUUGGCUUCAAGACCAGGCAUGCCUUGCGCAGGAAACCUGUCCAAAACGAACCGUCCCGCUCACCUGUGGUAUUGAGCUCAAGGCUCAAGCUUGCCAUGCUAUUUUCGAUCCAGCCUGAAUCACUAGACAGAUCCAUGGAUGUUUGCAAGAUUUUCACUCAAGCGAAUGUCCAGACGAAAUAUGCCUUUCUGCAGGAGGUUGAUACAGUCUCUCUGAACAUUCAACUUAUUUUCCCGUGCUCCGCCAAAGCCAUAGGAUCUCCUCCCGCACAACCGUGCGGCAAAGCAAGAUUUGCGGGUCGCCGGCCCAGCCACUGGGGUAGGGAUCUGCCGUUGAGUGUGGCGACACCAGAAACAACACAGCCUGUGAAGCUUGGCUUGGUGCUACCUUGGAUGAAAAUUCCGGGUCAAGUGACGAUAGUAGCGGUCACGAGCAGCCAACGGGUACUGGCUGGUGUCAAACCAGCCACCCGAGGUGCGGCAAACAACGGCGGAGCCGCCUGCAUCGACGACAGGCGAAGGCCGCGGGGGCCAAAAAUAGGUAGUCAGCAGACCUAUCCGUACCUACAACUUGCCGCGACGGCACAGAAGCCGACUUCUGCCGACUUUGCUGCGAGAGAGACUCCACUGCGUCCGCUUGUUCGACUCCACGAUGGCCCGUUCUACUCCCAAGCGAGCAUUCACAUCCGUCUAGGGUGUCAUUGCAAAUCCACACUGUCUCUCCCUGCGAUGCCGACACCGGGUCGCAGUACAGCCAGCUUCCGCCUGUAUGAGAAUGUAGAAUUUGGCAGGGAACCACGUAUUCGGAUCUGUUUGCAAACGAAUCCAUUUUGCCACAAUACCAAUAUGUCAUGGUUCAAUAUUCCGUUCACAACGACAUGGUACCCAGGUUUUUUUGCUUGCUUUCCGGACAUGUCUCUGGGCGAUUGCCCCCUUAUCUCAAUCCGCUUCUGGAGAGGUUCGAGAACGGUUGUUCCUGCAACCGGGCACUCACGAACGGGGCAGGCCAUUUCCCAAUCUGGUAAUCUUGUCGUUGCGCCAUUAACGCGGCCAUUAUUGCUCAGCAAGCUUCCGCUGCGUCCUUCAGGAGUCAAGGGGAAGUUCCUAGGAGCGUUUGGACUCCAACCGUCUCUCCUCAUGAUGGACCUCUUGGACAUUUCGCUCAUGAUUGGCCCACAUAGCCCGAAUCUGGCCGUCAGCUCAAUAGCCAAUGAGGCACCAGAAGCCAGCUUUUUCCCAACCACACCUCAGCUCACCUCGGCCGCUAGCAAGGACUACAACCUUGCAAAAAGCCAUCUACAGGCUGUCAUUGCUCGACGUUUACACCCUCGAGUCCUCGACCACCCUUUCUAUAUCUCCACAACGAUGUUGGAUCCCGUUCCAUUAGGACGGACCAACCCCCAUCGGCUCGGCGGCGAUGCGAAGUUCAGAAGGGAGGAGGGCAAUCCCACGCUUCCGGAAACGCUCUAUACGCCAGUUCUCAGACGGAAUAGCAACGCUGCCAUUGCGGUACGCCGCGCCAUCUGGUUUGAUAUCGCUGUCCAAGGCGGAGCCCGGCCGGGACUGUAG